AUAAAAAAUUGGCUGUGUAAUUUGGCAGGAAGAAGAGAAACGACGAAUAACAAACAUAUUAUCAAGACGCCCGCGUUAGGAAGGCCUUUCCGACUAGGAAUGUUAUAUGAUCGAGUACAUGACAACAUUAUUCCUGGUGAAACUUUGCUAACAAUGAAAGAUAUGGAAAAUCAUACAUACAAAGAAAAGAAAAAAGGGUGUUCAUUCAACGUUAUAUAUGGAGAUUCUACAGAAGAUAAAUCAACAGUAUUCAAAGGGGAUGCAAAUCUUGAACUGAAUUUUUUGAAAGGAGCAGCGGCAGUCGGCGCAUCAGGAAAGUUUCUAUCUAACACAAGUUUAAAAAAGAAUGAGUUGCGAGUUUCGUUGACAGCUGAAUAUAUUAUGUUGUACAAAGAAUUAGAAAUGAAACCUUUUAAAUUGCAUAUUUCAAGCACCAAGACAACUGCUACUCAUAUAGUAACUGCUAUUGAGUAUGGGGCAUGUGUGACGUUUACAUUUGAUAGAACCAUUUCUGAAAAUGAAGAUAUACUCGAAAUUAGCGGAGAACUAAAAGGAAUGGUAGAAAAAAUACCGUCCUUGAAAGCAUCUGGAAAUUUAAAGGGUAGUAUGGGGAAAUCCGACAAGAAUAAAACAGACAAAGUAUCCUGCAAAUUUUGCGGUGACGUUAUACUGCAAGAAAAUCCAACUACAUACGAAGACGCUGUUAAAUGCUACAAAGAGCUUCCAUCUUAUUUAACAGAAGACGAAGCUGUUCCUGUGACCGUUUGGUUGUACCCUAUCCCAAAAAUGUCAACACCAGCAACUAACAUUUUACAAACAAUAAAUAAGGAAAAGAAGAAGCAUGUCAUUAUUGCGCUUGAAGAUCUGCAAAAAAUCAAUGUUUCAUGUAAUGGCUUAAUGUGGCAGUAUGCUUAUACCAUGCACUUAUUCCAGAAGUUAAAUACAAGAUCGAUCAGUUUAUUAAGGAUGUUCAAUCAUUUCAAGAGGACUUCAAAGACGAAGUCCUCACUGAACUUUUGA